CAACUCUUUCAGUAUGAGCUCUUCGAGUCCUCCUCUGAAAAAGAAAAGCUACAUGGGGCAGCAUCAGAUCAAAAGGAAAAACAGCUUCCAAGCUCUUAAUAGGCCUCCAGAAGGAGACAGGCUGUUGCAGAAAAUCCAUCAUUUGUCAGACAAAAAUAACAUAUCAGAAAACACCAGCAAAGACAACCUCAUGGGUGGAGGAACCGAGUUCCUGCCAGGAGAAUCCACCUUAGGUCUUGAUGAAGAGAUGCUACAGGUGCUGGAUGCUGUUGACACUGUAAAGCAUGCAGCUAACAACACUUGUCCAACAACAGUAAACAGAGAUGCACAGGAAGAGUCAGCAUCAUCAGCUGCCUUUGCCCCGUCACGGUCUCUUGCUCCAGCUGCACACAAUAAGAGGGAGAGGAACAGACCUCUUCAACCCUCAGACCAAGGAACCCACACAGCCCCCGUGGCUCAGGAGGGAAUGUGUGGGCGUAAUGUUAAUGGUAAGAGACCAGCGGAUUGCAGAGACAUUGUUCUGAAGCUUCUUUUCAGUGAAGACUCAGAGGAAGGAAAGGAGGCUCAGAGGGACCCAGAAAAAGGCCAAUCGCUGGCUGCUUCUCUCUGCAUCAGCAAGCUAUCACGUCAAGGAAUAAAAAACAGUCAGCAGGCAGGCAACUCCACCAUGUGA